AUGGAAGAAAAAACUAACGACCCUCCGAAACAAGAACAAGAAAAUCAACAAGAAGGGACGUGGGCCCGACAAGCAUGGGCCCACCUAUCAACAGUUCGCCAGCAGUCUCCUUUAAUCCAGUGCAUAACCAACUUCGUAUCGAUGGAUCUCGUCGCCAAUGUUAUGCUCGCCGCCGGCGCAUCGCCUGCGAUGAUACAUUCAAUUGAAGAAAUCCCGGACUUCACUCCGAAGGCUCACGCGCUUUACAUUAACGUUGGUACACUCACACCCGACUGGCUACCGGCAAUGAAGCUUGCAAUUCAGGUGGCGAAUGAGAAUAAAAAACCCUGGGUGCUGGACCCGGUAGCGGCCGGAGCUUCGGGUUUCCGGUUGAAGGCUUGCCUUGAGCUUUUGGGGAUGAAGCCUACUGUCGUUAGGGGUAAUGGGUCUGAAAUUAUUGCUCUUUUCAAGGGGUCCGAGGAUUCCAAUUCUAAGGGGGUAGACAGCAUGCACGAAUCAACAGAUGCUGUUGAAGCAGCAAAAUCCCUGGCUGAAGUAAGUGGAAGUAUAGUUGCUGUAUCUGGAGCUGUUGAUAUUGUUACAGACGGUCAACGGGUUGUUGGUGCCAAAAAUGGGGUUUCUAUGUUGCAGAAGAUUACAGCAACGGGAUGCUCUGUCACUGCCCUAAUCGCUGCAUUUGUAGCAAUCGAUCCAUCACGAGCAUUUGAAGCCACUGCGUCUGCAAUGUCCGUGUUUGGUGUUGCCAGUGAAAUAGGUAUGGACAUGGCUAAAGGUCCAGCUUCCUUGCGAAUGCACAUGAUCGAUUCACUUUAUGGGCUAGAUCGAGCUACUGUGCUUCAUCGUGUGAACAUCAGCGCCAUUUGA